GACAGCCAUCUAGUAAAGCAGGUCCAUUGAACCGGUAAGCAUUGAGGCUCUUAAGAGGGGUAAUGCGAAACCUACUGUACUUAGCCAACCAACUAGAACUAAGUUAGGGGUACCUAAUCUAAAAGGAGAAGGAAGUUUUUCGACGGUGCGCUUUUAAGUAGGGCACGUAUGACAUAUUUUCUCAAUUCGCCGACAAUGAUAUUAACCUUGCUCAUAAGUGCUAACCUACUGUACCUAACAUGUAAAUUCACUUGCUGCAUACACAGCCCCUCGCUUCAAACGUGAGUCUUGUUGAGGUAUGCCGUUACAGGUUAUAGCUCCAACGCUGAACUGCGGUUAGCCUUUUGGUAUAGCCACCGUCUUUUUGACUUGGCUAUGCCCCAUGUGAUCUUUUUUGCUUUCGAUUUAUACAAGAGCAAAGCCCAAUAUUGUCUUGUUGUUGUGAAUUCUCCAUGUUCCCCGAUAAUAAGCUCCUCAAUUUCAUUCCGUUCUGGAUCUUCUUCGCCGUCCCAUAAAUGAUCAUCAUCAACCAUGAUUGCCAAGCCAUACCUUUUGACUGCCGUGGAAGUGCUUAAUCUGCUGAAGAGUAACACUAUCACGGUUGAAGAAUAUGUGUCUUCUCUCUUGGAGCGCAUCCAGGAGCGGGAUAGCAUUGUCAAAGCUUGGACCUACCUCGAUCCAGCAUUCGUGCUCAGCCAAGCUCGAGCUCUGGAUCAAAUCCCCCAGGACCAGAGAGGGCCGCUGCAUGGGCUAGCAAUAGGCGUCAAAGAUAUUAUGAAUACUAAAGAUAUGCCCACGCAGUUUGGCUCCCCCAUUUACAAAGGGAACCAACCAGGCUUUGAUUCGUCUGCGGUUGCCAUUUUACGAGCCGCCGGGGCCCUCAUCUUCGGCAAAACAACCACAACGGAAUUCACCGUAACCAAUUCGGGGGGCGGGAAUUUUGGUCCAAAUACCACUAAUCCCCAUGACCCCCACCGUACCCCGGGUGGCUCCUCAGCGGGGUCCGCGGCCGCGGUAGCUGACUUACAAGUCACGGUAAGUCUGGGCGCACAAACUGGUGGCAGUAUUAUUCGUCCGGCAUCUUUCAACGGUGUCUACGCUAUGAAACCAACCUACAACGCCAUCUCACCUGAAGGCCAAAAACCCUUUGCCCCUACCUUUGACACCUUCGGGUUCUUUGCUCGCAGCGUCGAGGAUCUGCAGCUACUUGCAGAUGUCUUUGGUCUCAAGGAUGAUGAGGUUCCCCGAGACAUACCACUGAAACAAGUCAAGGUUGCUUUGAUUGAGACUCCAAUGUGGCCAUUGGCAGGAUCCGGCACAAGAGAAGCCAUGGACGCAGCUGCGGCUAUUCUCCGAGACAACGACGUGCAGGUCGAAAAAGUAGAUUUUCCAUCUGAAGUCAACGAUUUUGAUAACUUGAAACGAGUACAGAAAAUCAUCACCGCUGGCGAAGCCCAGACGGCCUUUCUCAGGGAAUAUCGGAUGAAUAAGACGAAUUUGUCACCGGAAGUUCGUGGUAUUGUCGAGAACACUUAUAAUCACACCCACAAAGACAUGGUAGAUGCUUCCGAUACUUACGCUAGGGUGCGGCGCACCAUUAACAAGUUGGCCGAAAAUUACUCGUUCAUUCUUACACCUAGCGCGGUAGAUGAAGCUCCACUGGGGCUCGACGAUAUGGGUAGCGCAGCUUUCAAUACUCACUGGACGGGAUUCCACAUGCCUGUCAUCAACGUGCCUGGCUUUUAUGGUGCUCAUGGUAUGCCGAUUAGCUUAUCUCUUGUAGCCCCUAGGUACCAUGACCAACAUCUUCUGAAGAUGAGUAAGGUCUUCAGAGAGCUCUUGGAUAGAGGUGAUUUGAAGGUGCAGAUCUAAUCCUUCUGAUGACGUGGUGAAAACUGGUCUGGAUCUUAAUGGUACCUAUUUCUUUAUGUAUUACACGUUAUCAAGUGAUGGCCGAGAUCUUGACGUAAUCUUGGGCUAAUGUGAGGCAGCCAGGACAAUAGGAUACCUAUAGAUUGUAUAAUGAAUAAAGCAGAUAUUUUGAUACCGGUGAAAAGACAAGCUUAGAUGCGGGACAUAACGCGAGGCCAUUAUCAGGCGACCAUCUUUCGUGUUAGUAAGGCUGGUCGAAGAUAGUAAGGCAAUCUGCCCGCGCGCCAACUAGACUACAGAUAAGAGCGUUGAAAAAGGAUCGACCGUGCAAUCUCUUGGUAUUUGGUUGGGUUCUCCAGGAUGUUGCGUGAUGUGACGUUUAAUAGCGGGUUGAAGAAUGUUUUUGUAGUAUUGCUUCUUAGAAAGAUUGAUGAGUACAAGAAGAUUUUG